CUUCUGUUACCGAGCGCUGACGAGGAGGCUCACUCCGACCAGAGGUCGUUUUCUCCAGGAGACACGAGGAGGACGAUGUGGGACAGAAUCAAGUCCAUGGUCCAGGUGACGGUGAAGGGCCAGCUCAAGAGGAACAUCCAGGUCUUCUGUCGCAGGAACGCUCUGCUCACACUGUCCAUCAUCGCCGUCCUGACCGGCUGCACACUGGGCUUCAUGCUGAGAGGAACGCAGCUGUCCACACAGGCAAAGAUCUACUUCUCCUUCCCUGGAGAGCUGCUGAUGAGGAUGUUGAAGAUGCUCAUUCUUCCUCUCAUCACGUCCAGUCUGAUGUCGGGUCUGUCGUCCAUGGAGUCAAAGGCGUGCUGUCGCAUGGGCGUCCUCACCGUCACAUAUUACCUGUGGACCACCUUCAUCGCUGUGGUGGUCGGCAUCGUCCUCGUCCUUCUCAUCAAACCUGGUGUGGGGACGGAGAUGGAGAGUCACCGCCUGGGAGGAGGACCCGUCAUGACCUCGGCCGACGCCCUGCUCGACCUCAUCAGAAACAUGGUUCCCUCUAAUCUGAUCGAGGCCACGUUUCAGCAGUAUAAAACAGACCUGGUUGCCAUCCUCAAACUCCCGACCAGGACCAUCCAGCCCAACUUUGUCUACGUCAUCCCUGACGACAAUGACCCUAAAGGUCGGACGGUGUACCUGGAGCUGACUCCGCCUCCAGAUGUCACGUACAAAACCAGUCCAGGCAGCAGCCAACAGAUGAACGUCCUGGGCAUCGUCAUCUUCUCUGCCACCAUGGGUCUGUUGCUAGGCAGGAUGGGAGAACGAGGCGCCCCGCUGGUCAACGUGUGUCAGUGCAUCAACGAGUGUGUGAUGAAGAUCAUAAACGCUGCUGUUUGGUACUUUCCUUUCGGGAUCAUUUUCCUGGUGGCGGGAAAGAUCCUGGACAUGCAGGACCCGAGCACUCUGGGUAAGAAGCUGGGCUGGUACGGCAUCACCGUCCUCGCUGGCCUCUUUGUCCACGGUCUUGUCCUCCUCCCUCUCUUCUACUUCGUCCUCACCGGGAAGAAUCCGUUCUCCUACAUCCGUGGUCUGCUGCAGGCCAUGGUCAUCGCUCUGGCCACGUCGUCCAGCUCAGCCACGCUGCCCAUCACCAUGAAGUGUCUGUUAGAAAACUGUCACGUGGACAGACAGAUCGCCCGCUUUGUGCUUCCUGUCGGCGCCACCAUCAACAUGGACGGCACGGCGCUGUACGAGGCCGUGGCCGCCAUUUUCAUCGCUCAGGUCAACGACUACGAGCUGGACCUCGGUCAGCUGGUCACCAUCAGCAUCACAGCGACGGCCGCGAGCAUCGGCGCGGCAGGGAUCCCUCAGGCCGGCCUGGUUACCAUGGUGAUCGUACUGACCUCAGUGGGGUUACCGCCUGAUGACAUCACACUCAUCGUAGCCAUUGAUUGGAUCCUAGACAGAUUUCGGACCAUGAUCAACGUCCUUGGAGACGCUCUGGCUGCAGGAAUCAUCGCUCACCUGUGUCGCAAAGAUUUCCCGCUCAGCAACACUGGAAAGUCUGUCCCGUCCUACGGAACACAAACGCCUCACAACUCUCACAGCAUCGACGUGCCCAUGACGGAGCUCCACGCCGACAAUGCUGCGGGCGAGGGACACGCCCACACCGUCUACUACAACAUCUGUCAGGGGGCGCCACAACCUACACUUUUCACAUGUUUACUGUCAGAUUCUUCAGCUCAGCAGGAGCUAGAAGGAGAACUGAUGAUCUGUCAUGAGCUCCUGACACAGCGCCCCCUGCUGCUGUCAACCAGCCUGAGACACCUGAAGAGACUCAAUGUUGAAAACCACGUCUGGACUGAUGACACCUGA